CCAGCAGACAUUGCUCUGAUUCCAUUUAAAAUUUGUUAUUUUUACACUCAGAAAUGAUAAACAUACCUGUUUAUUGAGCCAUCCUAGCAUACAAGAAUUCACUUUUCAUGGCUCAAUCACAAAGUCCGACAUCCAUUUGGUGUGAAAGUUCUUUCAUCAGCCUAAGAACUCGACUCAUUCAUUGAAUAUUAUGCAAAUCAGAUACUUUAUAAAUAAAUGGCUUGGUUUAUUAAACAAGAGAAAUUAGCAUACGAUACAAAUAUAAUGCGAUCGUAAGACAAGACAUAUAAAUCUCAAAUGAGCCAUCUUAACGGGAGUUUGAAUGAUUCUCCUCUAUUGCCAUUUUUCAGACGCAUUUAUCCACAUAAAAGAAGUGACUGCGAUCUGAUUUUCGUUAGUUUACAGCAUGUCGUCGAAUCUGGAAGUUCGCUCUGCGAACUGGAGUAUUCUGUUGGUGGCACUACUGUCUGUUCUUGGGGGAGUCUUCGCCAAGGAUGAUGCCUCUGUGCCCCGACUGAUCACCCUCCAAGCUGGAAGUCCCGCUCCGGCGCCACCACAGGAGGUGAUCAUAGAGGAGGAUCACGAUCAUCAUCACCAUCAUCCGCCACACUAUCAGCCAAGCUAUCCGUAUCCGUACCCUCAGCCACAGCCAUGUCGUUGUCCACCCGGUCCUCCAGGUCCACCUGGUCCACCGGGACUGCCGGGACAGAAGGGCUAUCCCGGCCCCAAGGGAUCCAAGGGUGAUCCCGGCGAGAAGGGACCGAGAGGAGAUAAGGGCCACCACGGGAUGCCUGGAUUGCCUGGCCAACCUGGUCCUCAGGGUCCCCCUGGAUAUCCCGGAGGUUCAUAUCCCCCGUAUCCCUAUCCUCCACCUCCGCCUCCACCACCACAUGGUGGCCCAAAAGGACCCCAUAGGCACUACGAUAACUACUAUGAUGAGGAGGACUAUGACUACGGCAAUGAGCGUUCGUUCGGUCUAAUAAGACCAGAAGAAUUCGACGACCAGCCCUUCAUUUUGGCCUUUAGUGAACGCAGAAAUCCGUUUAGCACAAAAAGCAAUAAAAGACGAAAUUAAAAUAACAGUACUUAAAACGAAAUAGCUUUAAUAAUUAAUUCUGGAGGGAAAAAGAAGAUUCUCGACUAUCAGAUAUCCGUUACUUAAAAAAAACUCUUGAAAUUCUUUUGAAAAAUUCCCUUUUUGAAUAUUUUAGGCAUUAGAGUUGCUAUGUUUAUAAAUGGGUAGAAAAAUUAUACAAAAUGUGGGCUUACUUUGGAUUUUUGUGUUACGAUUCGGACUUACGUUUUUCUCGAAAGGAAUAA